UUGCUAAAAUUAUAUUUAGAGAGUAAUUUUGGACCAAAAAAUAUUCGAUUCAAGUUGUAGGUUAAAAUUUAAUUAAUGUUAAGAAGGUUUUCCUCGCUUAGGAGUGAUAUUUAACUUUAAAUCUGUCCAUUCAUUCGUUCUGACGCAGCAAAAGAGUGAUACAAUAUUCGCGUCGUGUACAAACAAUGACAUAAGCACGCAUUGCAUUUUCUUUAUAGCUUAGACUAUUCUAACAAGUUUAAUAUGAGUUUAACAUCAAAUAUUGCAGUGACACUGAAGAUACCAUUUCCUACCAAGCGGGAAGCGGAAAUAGCAUACGAUGUGCUACGUGUUGACACUGAACCAAAGCGAAGCUUUAUUAACAAACUAAUUAAGCUGGAAGAGAACAUUCUGCGGCUAGAUUUGACCGGUGAGCAAGCGAAAAAUGUACGCGUAGCCGUUUCAUCGGCCUGUGACUCAAUAUUACUUUGCUGCGAAACGCUUAACCAGUUCGGAGCACCCGUAUCGGACAAGUACGACCAUUAUUAG